AUGGCGGAGGCCGGCCUCCCGCCCCAUGGUUCCGACGCCACGCGCCCCACCAACACCGCCAUGAGCGCGCUGGCCCAGCUGGCGCAGGGCCGCGAGCUGGGCCGCAGCGUGGGACCCCUGAUCCAGCUGCUCCUGGACCAGGGGACGCCGCACCUCGCGCGCAGCGCGGCGUACGACGCCCUCAUUGCCGGCGGCCUCUCGGAUGAAGACUGGCACCGCGUCGGCAUGUGCCUGCCCGGCGACAUUGGGCGUGCCGACCCGGGGGUGUCGGCCCGCGCCCUCCAAGCGCUGGCCGCCCUCCCCCCCCACCUCCUCGUGGAGGUGCUGGGCGCGCAGGGCGGCCGCGUGGCCGCGCAGCUGGGGGCCGUGAUCUCCGCCGGGGCCCCCUUGCCGGCGGUCGCCGCGCUGGACGCGCUGGCCCGCGUCAGCGCCCAGCCCGCGCUGGCGGCCGCCGGGGCUGCCUCGGCGCCGCUCACCGCCGCGCUGUACGAGGCCUGGGAAGCGGCAGCGGCAGCGCUGCUGGGCGCCGACGGCAGCGUGGCAGCCGCCGCUGCCGUGGCGUUGGCCGACCUGCUGGAGCGCGGCGCGGAGGAGGUGCGGAGCGGCGGUCUCGGCUCCUCGCACGUCGGCGGCGCAGCUGGCCCCGGCGGCUUCCUGCCUGACGGCGCGCCGCCCCCCAUCCUGGCGCGCAUGGGCAGCUUCCGGUCGGCCCCCGACACCCCACGCAGCGCCCGCAGCGGCGGCGGCACCCAGCCGGGCGGCCCGCCGGCGCCCCCCGGCGGCGUCGCGCCGCUGGGCGGCUUCCUGGCAGCCGUGGCCUUCCACGUGCGCCCCCGGCUGGUGCGGGCGCUGCCCGGCAUCCUGGCGCGCGCGCGGCGCCUGGCGCCCGUGCCCCAGGCCUCCGUCCCGCGCCUGCUGGCGGCGCUGGCCCUGGCCGCCGAGAUGGCGGAGGAGGAGGAGGCGGCGAGGGCGGGCGCGGGGUCGCUGACCGAGCCCGCGGCGUCGCUGGCCCUGGCCCCGCCGCGCGCGGGGGGGGUGGCGCAGUCCGUGGCCGCGCUGUGCGUGGAGUGGCUGGCCUCGCCGCAUGCCGCGGUAGUGCUGGCCGCCGCCGCUGCGCUGCUGCGGCUGGAGGCCGAGAGCCGCGCGCCGCCGGCGGCCGUCGCGGCCGCCGCGCCGCGCGCCGUGGCGGCCCUCCUGGCCACGCUGGACUCCCCGGCUAGGGGGUCUCCGGGCGCGGCGCCGGCCACCGACGGCGCGUCGUCGACACCCGCCGGCCACGCCGACCCCGCGGCGCCCCAGGUGACGUCGGUGGCGCUGGGGUUCCUGGCGCGCAUGCCACCGCUGCAGCAGGCCAGCCUGUUUGGCCGCGCCUUCCCGCGCCUGGCCACGCUGCCGCGCGGCGACGACCGCGUGCGCGCCCUGGUCUCGCUCUGGGCCUCGCUCGUCGCUGCGCUGCUCUACGUCCUGCUCACCCAUGACCGCGUGGCGGGCGGGUUUGCGGACGCGCGCGCCGACGAGGGCGCGGGAGGCGCCGUGGGCGAGGCCGCCGCCCUGCAGGCCCUGCUCUCAGCGGUGGAGUGGCUGGGGGCGGCGGUGACCGCGCUGAAGGGCACCAAGCCGUGCCUGGGCUGGGGCAGGAUGGCGUCGGCCGCCUCGCCCGGCGCCAGCGCGGUGGUGGACCUCUGGCUCCAGCUCCUGCUGGCCGCGCUGCGCGUGGCCGCCGGCGUGGAGCGCGCGCUGGCGGUGCGCGAGCCGCCGCCGCCGGCCGCCGGCCAGACGGCCGCCGGCCAGCCCGGCGGCGACGCCGCAGGCGCCGUCCAAACGGGCCCGCAGGCCCUGGUCGGGCUGCACCGCCGCACCGCCGCGCUGGCGCAGGACGUGCAGGGCCUGCUCCUCCAGAUCGCGUCCAACUGGAGGGCGCUGAAUGCGCCGGUGCAGGCGCGCGCGGUCUGGAUCUGCGCCUUCCACCUCCAGCUGCAAUCUGCGCUGGACGCCUCAUGGACGAGCCUGGUGGACGCUGCGACGCCCACAGCCAGGACUCGGCGGGGCGACCUGGCCGCGGUGCGGGAGGGCACGCUGAGCGCGAAGGUCGGCGCACAGCGUGACGUCUCGGUGGCGGGGCAGAACGUGGAGGUGGCCCUGCUCUGCCUGGAGCACCUGGCAGCCCUCUUGGUGGACAAUCACAAGGACGAGCUGGUGGGCCAGCUGGCGCCCGUGGCCUCGCUCCUGGAGAAGCUGGUGGGCCUGGAGCUUGAGGCCUGCGGCUCGCGGAUCCCGGGCCUGAGGGCCCGCCUGGGUCGCGUCCGCGCCGCCCUCCUCCCAGUGGCCACCAGCGGCAGGAAGAAGGCCGCCGCAGAGGCCGGCGGCGGCGGCGAGCGGGCCCUGGGCCGCCUGGGGGCGCCCGUGGAGACGAGCGCGGGGCCGGACGGCGCGCCCGCGGCGGCCCCCGCGCAGCCCUCGGUCGUGGCGCUGCGCCCCGCCCCGGGUCAAGUGGAAAGCGCGGCGUACCCUGUGUCCCUGCCCGCCAACGGCGCACUGUUCCACACCGCGCCCGCGCGCCGCGCGCGCGGGCUCCUCCAGGCGCUUCAGGCCGCGGUGUGGCGCGGCGACGCCCCGAGCGCCGGCGGCGACGACGCGGCCAGCAACGGCGCGGGCCCACCCUCCCUCCCGGCGCUGGCCGAUCUGCUGGAUGUGCUGGGCGGCGGCGACGUGGACAGCAGCACCAGGGGCGGCGCGCCCUCCGCCCUGCGCCCCUCCUGCCGCGAGCGGGAGGUGACGGGAGGGCACUCGCCGCUGGGCCUGUUCGUGCGCGUGGAGCCCAGCCCCGCCGCGCGCAGCCUGACCGUGCACGUGCGCGCGCAGAACCGCACGUUGGACGAGCUGCGUGGGGUGGAGGUAGAGCUGGCGCUGGGCGGUCCCCUGGGGGGAGGGGCGCUACUGGCCUUCCCCCUCAAGCCGCUGGCGCCGGGGGGGGAGACCGCCUGGUCUGCCACGCGCACCGUGUCUGGGUUCGGCUGGCCGGUGGUCGCCGCCUCCAUCAAGCUGCCCCUCAAGGUGAGCCUGGGGUCGCCCGUCAUCAGGUGCUGCCCGCUGUCCAUCUCCCCGCUGGUCCUCCUGAACCCGCCCACCCACGCGGUGUCCCCCGUCCAGUUCUACCAGCGCUGGCAGGCUCUGCCGUAUGGGCUCAGCGUCCAGGGAUCGCUGCAGACCCCGGGGCCCGCUGGGUUGAGCGCCCUCUUCGCGGCGUUUGCAGCCUCCGGCACGCUGGAGUGCGUCAUCAAGUCUGUGACGCCCGGGCACGGCGUGCACGCCGCCUUCCACGGCACCUCCUGGGACGGCGACGUCGUUGCCUGCCUGCUGACGGGGCUGGGCGCGGGGAUUGAGUGCUCCCCCGCCGGCGCCCCCAUCCUGCGCUUCACCAUCCGCAGCGAGUCCCAGGCGGUCAUGGACCAGCUGGCGGGGCAGGAGGGGGAGCUGCUGGAGGUGCUCAGCGGCGGCCUGGCAGUGCCCGUGGCAGACGACCUGGCCCUGGCGGGUGCCAGCGUGGCGCCGCCCGCGAUCGUCAAGACCGCUGCCCCGGCCACCACGCCGGCGGCCGCCCCCACCCAGCCGGAGUCCAGCACCUACUCCUUCCUGCGCGGUGUCACCGCGCGCACCUUUGCCGUCGAGGAGAGCGAGCCGGCCCAGGCCGUGGACGGCGCGGCGGCGCUGGACCUUGAACCGGCGGCGGCCCUGGCCCUGGCCCGCCGGCUGGACGACGCAGCCGUGGCGGCCUGGAGGAGGCUGCGCGAGACGCGGCGCUUGCAGGCCGCGACGGUGUGA